AAGUGAAAUGUGAAUAAGAAAAAUUACACGCGGUUAGACAUGCGGCUGAUUUAUAUGAAAAACAACUCAAAAAAUAAUAAAAUAUUAUAUUUGUAAAAAACAUCAGUGCUGUAUUUAACAUCAAAAUUUUUAUAAUUUAUUCAAGGCCAUGUUUAUCGUUGAUUUCGAUCAUCGUUAAGCUACUGCAGUUCUUAUCAACAAUAACAUAUUUUUGAUAAAUACAUUUACAGUGUCUCGUAAAACUCAGUGAUAUAUACGCAUUGGUCUAGUAUUGAACAACAAAAACUAUAAUAGUUAAAUAAAACAAAAAACAAAGCAUAUCAAUAGUUAAUCAUUAAAAUAAUUUAAAUAAUUUUGAAAUACUUAAAAUUAUUUUUAUUCUUUGUGCGUACCAUUUGUUAAGUUUAUAUAUUUUAUUUUAUUUAUUUUCGUGAAAGUUUUACAAUGUGCAAUAGUUUAUAAUCUUAUGUAUUAUAAAAAUAUCAAUAAAAAUGAGAAGAACAACAUGGUACAUGCGUCCACUUUUAAUAUUAUUUCUAUUGGGAUUAAUAAUUUAUGCUGCAUUACACAUGUUCAAUGAUGAUAUUGGACUGAGUGGUGACAAUGAACUUUCAAACAAUGAAAAAUUAUCACAAAUGUCAGAGCUUAUUAAAUCACAAAAACAACAAUUAAUUAUUGAUGGAAUGCCAGCAUGUAAAUUACCAGACCUGGAUGUUAAUAAUCCAGAAAUUCUUAAAUUUGUUCAUAAUGUACCACCACUUGAAUGCUCACCAGAAGAUUGGGUUGUUGUUCAAGGCUCCAAAUUAAUAUUACAAGAUAAAAUUAAAAAACAAUUUGGACCAAUAUUAUGUGCAUUUAGAGAAAUUAUACGAGUUGAUGAAUAUGUCAAUAAAUUAACAGAAGCUGAAACAUCAAGUGACACUUAUAUUUUAAAAUACAGUGAUUUUGCUGAUGUUCAAUGUGAAGCAGAAAAUUCUGGAACAAAAUGGCACAGUGUAUUAGCAGGAGUUCAAUUUAAUCCAGAAGUUCAAAAAACAUCAAGUUGGAAAAAUGUACCAAAUGAUGGAUUAAAAUUAAAUGUUUUAAUGUUUGGAUUUGAUUCAUUAUCAAGAAAUACAUUUAUUCGUAAAUUACCAAAAACAUAUGAUUAUUUAAAAGAAAAUCUUAAAUCACAAAUUCUUGAAGGCUACAAUAUUAUUGGUGAUGGUACACCACAAGCAUUAAUUCCAUUAUUAACUGGUAAAACAGAAUUAGAAUUACCAGAUACACGUAAACGUACUGGUUAUACAGCAAAAUUUGUUGAUGUAUAUCCAUUUAUUUGGCAAAAAUAUAAACAAAAAGGAUAUAUUACUGGUUUUGCUGAGGAUGUUCAUCAUAUUGGUACAUUUACUUAUCGUCUUAAAGGAUUUAAAAAACAACCAACUGAUCAUUAUAUGAGACCUUAUUAUAUUGCUGCUUCACCAUAUUUUCAAAAUUCUAAAAAAUAUUGUCUUGGUAGUCAACCACGUCAUAUGAUUAUGAUGAAUUAUAUAAAAAAUAUAUUCAACGUAUACAGAAAUAAACCAAAAUUUAUGUUUGGUUUUCAUGGAGAAUUAUCUCAUGAUUCUUACAAUGACAUUGGUGUUGCUGAUGAUGAUCUUUACAACUGGAUUAAAGAGCUUCAAGCUGAAGGACAUUUGAACAAUACAAUAUUAAUAAUGAUGAGUGAUCAUGGCCAGAGAUUUGCAGAUAUAAGAAAUACACUAGCUGGUAAACAAGAAGAACGUUUACCAUUUUUUUCAUUUACAUUUCCACACUGGUUUAAGCAAGUUUAUCCAGAGGCAUAUGCUAAUUUUGUAUUUAACACAAGACACUUGUCUACACCUUUUGAUAUACACAAAACUUUGGAAUCAAUAUUAAAGCUAGAUCCACCAAGUGAAGGUGAUACAAAUUUAAGAGACAUAAGUCUUUUUAAUAAAAUACCUGUAUCAAGAACUUGUGCUGAUGCAUUUAUUGAACCUCACUGGUGUGCAUGUCUCAGUUGGAAAGAAAUACCAACAACAGAAGAAACUGUUAUUGGUGCUGCUAAUAAUUUUAUUAAAUUUAUUAAUUCUUAUACUCUAGAACAUCGUGAUAUAUGUGAAAUACUAAAAUUGGAUGAAAUUAUAUGGUCAGCUAGGCUUAUUCCUACAGAUGGUAUUUUAAAGUUUCAAAAAACAAAAGACAAAGAUGGUUUUAUCGGUGAUUUUAGCUCAAAGACUCAGCUUGUCAAUGACAUUUAUCAAAUAAAAGUUAAGACAAUGCCUGGUGAAGGUCUUUUUGAAGUCAGUGUUAGUCAUGAUGUUGUAAAAAACAUUUUCAACACACAAAUAUCAGAUGUAAGUAGAAUAAACAAGUAUGGAUCACAAGCAAGAUGUGUUGAGAAUGAAUUUUAUCAUUUACGCAAGUAUUGCUUCUGCAAAGAUUAAAAUUUAUCAGUAAUUUUAAUGACAUGAAGUGAAUUAACAUUUGUUAAUGUAACAGGGAUAUGUGCUGUGAUUGAAUUGUGUAUGAAAAAGAUUAACGUGCCAUUAAUCUUCUACUCAGUAUGUUUUUUUUUUUUCAUCUUUCUUGUGUGAGUGCACUUUUAUAAAUAAUUUAUAAUAACUUUAAAUUAAUAAUAAUUAUUAUUAGUUUUUUUCUCGUGCCACCAAUUUAUUUAAUCUCAAUUAAUUGUUUGUUUUUUCUGAACUUAAGACUUUAUGGCCAUUGUAUUUAAAUAUU